CUUGAAAGCGGACAAAUUAAAACAACUUUGUUAUUGUAUUUUAAUAAUCUCUUUUAAAAAUAAUGAUCAAAAUAAUAGGGAAAUACCUUUGUGUGGAUAACAACUCUUUAACUUGAAAUAACCCGAAAACUAUAGCUUCCAGCUUUCCAUCACAAUCGGCUGUCCUAAUUUCUAAGUUUCCCCAUUUGGUUGCUUCAAUUAUCUAGCAAUGAUGGGUCAAUUGUGCACAGAUAAGAUUUUGUUGGAGAUUUUCAAAGAGCAAAAAACGCUAGACAAAUUUAUUGAGACCAUUUUCGGAUUUCUGGUACGCAACACGAAUUUCGGUCUAAUAGACACUUCAGAAAGAGCGCGAAUACAGCGACAUAUAUUUGAUGCAUUGUCGUUUUGGUGCCCUGAACAACAAACAUCGCCUAGGACGGAAAAUGUCACCACCGAAUGCGAAACACCUGCAACAACAGAGGCUGGAAUUGGAGCAGAAACUGGCAACGUAGGAUCGGAGUUGCAAUGGACAUAUUUAACACAAGCACGAAACGCGACUUCGGAGGGUCAUCUGGUUCUUAAUUCAGAUCACGGAAUAUUUAAUGCAGUACAAAAGAGCGAACCCAAUAUCAAGUAUCGGGCAAUCCUACCCAAAGAGCAGCAUUUAGUGUUAAGUAAUAUGCCCACAAAUUUCCCAAAAACGAAUGAUGAAAAAAUAAAAAGGAAUUCGAAACGAUUGUAUAAAUGCAGCGAAUGUUCGGACAUAUUUAUUUCGUUUCGCCAGCUGAAAGUGCACGAAGCGCUUCACACGUCUCUGACAGACAGGGUUAUCAGUAUUUGUGUUUAUUGCUGCAGCUUGUACGCCAACGCGGAAACUUUAGAAAAACAUAUUAGUGAGAGCCAUGCAAAUGGACGAUAUCUCUGUGCACCGUGUGCAAAAACAUAUAAGAGUCGUGGGCAGUUGCUUAGGCACGUGCACUCUAGUGCACACAAUGCCAAAGCACUUCUGUUCUAUUGCAGUCUAUGUCCCCGCACCGGAAACUCGCAUAUAGAGUUUCCCUCAAGGGCAGCACUACAACAACACUACCAAGAAAUGCAUUUACUUAUGCCUGCGAGCCAAGAUGAAGACGAUGUCGAAAUUGAAAUGAACGAAGAAUUUCUUGAUGAAUUUCUUCUAAAUAAUGUUAAUGAGAACUCUUUUAAUUUUUCCGAAUGCUGGGAUGCAUUAGAUUUGAAUUUGCCAGAUAUGUUGCAUUUGGCGAAUUCCGAUGAAAAUUACUCAUAUAACAAAAAUAGCAUAAUUCAAAAUAACGAAUUUACCUUCAAAUGUCCAAUAUGUUAUGAAGGCUUUUUGACCCAAAAGCUUCUAUUGCUGCAUAUUGCUUCCAAACAUGGACUGCAGGUGUUAAUUUGCAAUAAAUGUGACUCCAGUUUCAAGGAUUACACACAAUGGAUUCAUCAUAAAAGGACUCAUCGCGUUCAAUUUGAUGCAAUGCAAAAAGCUAAAGAUGAUUUGAUGAAGUGUGAGAUAUGCGACAAAAUAUUUCGAAGCAAUGCCGCACUCAACUACCAUGUAAAGACCCAUUUGCGUAAUUACUUACAAGUGCCGCAGGAAUGUCCAUACUGCAAAAGAAACUUUUACUCCGAUGUUAAUUUUAAACAACAUAUUCGUAUCGUACAUUCACUGAAUAAACGACACAAAUGUGAGCUUUGUGACAAACCGUUUGCUACGCUGGAUCAUUUAAAAAAACAUGUUUUGAGCCAACAUCAAAAUGAACGCAAACAUAUUUGCCAUGUCUGCUCCAAAUCCUUUACACAAUUGUGCCACCUUAAGCAACAUCUGGCCAUACACACUACCGGCAAGACACACCAAUGUACAAAAUGCAAACUGAAAUUUUGGCGUAAAAUCGAUCUGCAGCGGCAUAUGUUAAAAAAACAUUCAUAAGUUCCUUAAAUAAUCUAUU